GUGAAGGGGUGGGACAACAUGCACGAUCCCCUUAGUACACAGUCAUUAUUGUCGAGAGUAUCGUCCAGUCCUCGCGCUGUCAUUGGUACAGCUUGAGGUAUUUGCUGUUUAUACUCUUUUAUACCUUUUUCUUUGUAGAAUGUGUUAUGAUUAAGUGAUGAGCAUUCAAUACCACAUACCGAUUAUAGGAAACGCGUUAUCUAGUUUUCUUGUAAAAUAUUCAUAAAUUGAUAAUAUAUUAGUUGCUGAAAAGCAACGAAAAUCGACAGUUUGCUUGUGGAUCCGAAACCAGCAAGAUUGAUGAUAUCAAAUUGGUUUUAAAAAUUAUGUUUCAGAUGAAAGCAGCCUGGAGACAAGACCUUCCAUGUUUCAUCGUCUGCGUCUUUUGUGCUUGUGUUACUCAUGGUAUGAGCGUGGAUUUUUCAAGAUUACGGAAACCUUAUCUUCUACCAAAAAGAUCAGAUUCGUCAAAUCCAUGUCCCCCAGAAACGCCGUUCCUGUGCCGAUCCUCCCAGCAGACGUGUAUAGCGUUAGGAAAUAUAUGUGAUCGACAGCCCGACUGUCCGGAUGGAUUCGAUGAGGAUCCGCAAAUGUGUAACGCCAGAAACAGACCCUCGGUAGAAGAACUUGAAGAUUUUUUGUUGCGGAACCAAGACUGGAUCCUUCCAAAAUUGUUUAAUGGAGCAUCUGCAGAGAUUGUUGCACAUGCCUUAGUCGUAUCGCCAAAUCUUGAGGAACUGGGUCAGAUUGUCGGUUUGGGAGAUAAAGAAAAGAACCUCAGAAAAGCGUUAUUGGCAGUGAUGGAAGGGGACGAGAGACCGUUAGUUAAACUAGGCAUGCCAGAGGAAGAGUGGUACGACGUACAGGACUACCUUAACAGAGUGAUAGAGGGCGGCCUCAGUGUGUCAUAAAUCGGGACUAACCAUUAGAAAAAUGAGCUUACCAAAUCUUCAUACGUUUUCAUCGGUUAGGAAUCAAAUUAAACUUCUGUCUUUCUAAUUUCUGGGUUUUUGGUCAGUAGACAGGGAAUAAAGGGACACACUUAAUAUUACUUUUUUUAAAAUGAUUUCUUGCGAUAAAAUUUGAGCAGUGUAGAAAUUCCUAUUUUACUUUCAUACAUCUCGAACUAUACUUUAUAAUCUUAGUAUGUAUUCAUUAUUGUUUUUUAUUCUGAAAAAUCGCCCGGAUUUUUCGCAUUUUAUCAUUCUUUCAAUAGAGAAUGGAAGAAACUUGUUCUGAACUGAAAGCAAACAGGCCCUGACGUUCUGUGACCGUAAUCCAAUAACCGUACACUGUAACUUCAUUUGGUCUCCGCAAAUGAGGAAUAUGUCUUCUUCUGCUUAUUAUUAUUAGAGCAUUGAAAACGUGACCCAUUGUCACGUGACGUCUUAUUUAAUCACACAGAUAUACACGCACAAAUCUUGGAGAAUCUUGGGCAAAAGACAUCAUUUUUCUUUCGAAUGAAAUAAAUAUAUAAUAGUAAUCCCUGAACGGUUUAAACCAAAGCAAAUAUAAAUCAGGACAAUAAUAAAAUCAAUAUGUAGCAAAUGUAAUAGCCCCAAGGGAAGAUUCUCAACUGCAUUUUGUUAUGGUAAACUUAUAUACUUUCUUUUGAAAUUUUUUUUCCCGAGUAAGUUGUAAGUUACGUGUAGGUCACUCGUCAGUAGGGAUAUAUCAAGGACUUUCGCAAAUGUAUAUUUUUGAUAUUUACUUGUACGUUAAACUACGGAAUUACUGAGUAAACUAGGUCAGUAUGUAAUUUGAGGACCUAUGGGGUGUUUUCAACAAUUACCUCAUUCAAUCUUACUCUUGAUUUUAUUAAUACAUGAAUCAUGAUAUGUUUACUUACAGAUAAAGUAGAAUAAUGAAAACUAACACAAACUGUUAUUUAAAAAAAUCUCUAUACAUUUUGAGCAUUUACACUUGAAAAUGUAGAACAAUUACAUUUAUUUUUUAUUUUUUAUUAAUGUUUAGUAAUCCUCUGCAUAUCAAAUUAUUCUAGAUUUGAUGUAAUGUACUCUGAAUGCAGGGGUUGGGGUCAGUGAUGAAAUUUCGCUUUUGCAUACUACAUUUGUGUCAAAUUUAACGUUAAAGCUUAAAUCAUCUACAGUUUGCAAAAAUACAUCGUCUAAAUUCACUGUUAAAAAUAGAAUGACUAAAUAAUCCUGAUUUUCAAGACUUCAGAAGAGUUGAUAGGUGUUUGCGCUGAAAAUAAGGAGGAUAAAUUAAAACAUGAAAACGGAAGCUGUGCAGUCGUUUCUCCUAACUUUCGCAACAAAGUGUAGUUUCGUUUCCAAAUCUUUAUGUUGGGGUUUGUCUACUCAUUUUCUUACCUCACAUGAGCUGAAAGUUCAAGCAAGCUCUUCAGAUAAAAAUUUGUCCGUUUUCUGCAACAUGACACAUCAUAUUCUUGGGUGAAAGGUAUAAAGGUUUGUAGAAAUUGAAGAUCAUACCCCCUUUUCAAAGGCCUUUCAUUGAGGACUAAUGGAAAUUGUGACCAGAAAAUUUGUAUAAAAACUUCAUAUAUACAUGUAUGAAUAAUGAAGAUUAAAAUUUGUUGAAAUCAAGAUCUCUGGAGCUAUGGUAGAACCACCAAGUACAUAUAGGAAGUUUCUAUCAUUUUCUCCUUCUCAAGAACCACGAGAGUGCAGUUUGUCCGUCAAUGUUCUUGCAAGCUUAAAUUCAAAUUUAUGCAAACCAUGGUCUCUGACAUCAGUACGGGACAAUAGUAGAAAUUGAAAAGUUUACAUGGGAAUAUAUAGGGAAAUUCUUUAAAAGUCCUUUUCUCCAGCCUUGGCGGGGACACAAAAGAGUUUUAAAUACAAAGAAAUAAAUAGGAGAUUUCUUCAAGAAUCUUCUUUUCAAGAUCCACCUGGUUCAUGCAUGUCAUGUAGAUUCAAGUGGUCCAGGGGAGACCCCAAUGAUAGUUCAACACAAAGGUAUAUACAGUUUACAGGUAUAUUCCUUAAAAUUUGUCCUAAACAACCACCAGGGUUCAUAUUGUCAAUUCAAUAUGCAAAGACCAUCAUGUACCAAGAGUAAGGACGGGGCCACAAGAGGGGUUCAAAUGUUGAAUAGGAAUUUUUUAAAUCUUCUCAUGAACCACCACAGCUCAGUUUGUCAUCUCAGCUAGUAUAAAUUCAAAUGUGUACAUGCCAUAACCCCUCGGUUCAGCGGGUGCCCACGUUUUACAUUGGAAUAUAUGGGAUCUUUUUCUUAUAAGAGUCACAAGGGUACAAUGUGUUAGAUUAGUAUCCUCAUGUAUUGCAUGUUUAGGUCUGUUAAAUAACAAGCUUUCCGUGGCGUGGGUGGGGCCAUAUCUGGAGUUUUUUGUUUUGCAUCGGAAAAUGUAACUUCUCAGGUGAGUGAUGUGGCCAAUGGACCUCUUGUAUGAUAAUAUUACAAUGGUGAACGCAGGAUAUAUUUUUGUUUCUAAAAUAAAAUUGUUAUACGUACUUUAAAAGUUGUAUACUACAUUGUAUGUCCAAUAUACAUGCGCCCAAAUUCAGAAGAAUGACUAACCUUGAUCCCAUAGGUUACUCGUUUUGAAAUUCAGAAACAUGCUGUGUAGAGAGAUUUAGAAUAAUAUGUUAAUCUUCUGAUCAAUUCCACCGCAUGAUGUUUACCAAUAAAAAUUUAUUUUGAUGAUUGAUUCUAGUGUUCAUUGAGAUUUCUGUAUCCUUUGGAUUUGUAAUAUGGAUAAGACUUUUAUUUCUGUUUGAUGAAUGGUUAAUUAUUUGAAAUUGAAAACGUAGAUACACAAUGUACCUUAACGACUUUGGAAAAAAUACACACUGAGAGUGAGAUUAGUUUUUGUAGAGUAGUCUCAGGUAAUAUGAGAUUUUUUUUCAUGUUCAUGAAAUAAAUUAAUAUUUUGUU